AUGGAUUUAUCAUAUGAAAACCUCUUCACUAUUUUGACUUUAGCAAGUGGAUCAGAAAGAAAUGUUGAACAACAGAAUGCAGAGGCGCAAUUGAAGAAAUGGGAAGUGGUACCUGGUUAUCAUUAUUUACUUCAAGAAGUCUAUUUGAAUCACGAGAUCCCUUUACAAAUUAGAUGGCUAGCUAUCAUAUGUUUCAAAAAUGGAAUAGAUAAAUAUUGGAGAGCAACUAGACAGUACUCAAUUAAUAAACAAGAAAAAUCCCAAAUUACAAGUAGAGUUAUGCAAUUGGUUAAUGAACAGAACAAUCAAUUAAUGAUACAGAAUGCCAAUGCCAUUGCUAAAAUUGCAAGAUAUGACUUCCCCCAUGAUUGGCCUAAUCUCUUUGAUGAUAUAACCAAGAAUCUUGAAGAUUUUGUAUUUAAGCAGAAUGAUAUUGUCAGUACCAAUAACUGCUUAAUAAUUCUAAAUCGUGUCAUCAAGACAAUUACCAUGGUUAGAAUUGGUAGGGCAAGGCAUGCAAUGCAAAGUAAAGCCCCUAUAAUAACCUCAAUUUUGAUUAAAUUAUAUCAGAAAUUUUUCCAAUUGUGGACCACAAACUUGGACUUGACAAUAAUGGAAGUUUGUUAUCUUUGUCUCAAGAAUUUAAGAAGAAUUAUACCUGAAGGAUUUGAUCAGCCCCACAAGAAUCAAGAUGUUUGCGAAUUCUUAAAUUCUACGAUUGACCAUUUGCAAUCAUUGGUUAGCGAGCAUGAUAAGUACUCUUCCGAUUUGUUGGAAAGAUAUGUCAAAUGUUACAGUAAGUUGUAUGUUGCAUUAAUUAAUUGCAACCCAACCAGUUUUGUUUUAAUGCCAUGUUCUCAAAAGAUCCUAACCACUUUUCUUUCAUUAUUGGAAGAAAAGGCAGAGCUUGUUUAUAAUAGUAAUGAAGAAAAUGACUUUUGGGAAAUUCUCGCAUUAAAAGCAUUUAGUAUCUUGAAAAAGACUAUGGCAUAUGUUUAUAAGAAAGGUGCUGUGACUUUGAAACAAAGAAACGAUAAGUUAGAGGUUGCGAAUGCUAUAAAUAAAUUGUCCGUGGAUGUUUUCACAGCUGAUUUAAUUCAAAAGUUAUGUGACUUGAUCAUUAAUUGGUACCUUAGAUUGAAACCCUCCGAUUUAGAAGGGUGGUCUUUAGAACCAGAAGAAUGGUGUACAGAAGAGUUAUCAACGAGUUGGGAGUAUCAAAUUAGACCAUGUGCAGAAAAUUUCUAUCAAGAUUUGAUAAAAUAUUUCCAAGACAUCUUAGCUGGAUUUGUAUUGAACAAGAUUUCUUCAGGCUUAAUGGAAAAUGAAUCUGUUGAUAGAAUUUUAAUCAAAGACUCUAUACUUUGUACCUUUCAAUUAUCAUCUGGUACAAUAGCUAAUAAUGUCAAUUUUGAUACCCUUUUGCAAGAAGUUUUUAUUCCAGAAGGAUUGAAAAAUGAUUUAUUGGAGAAUAAGAUUUUAAAGAGAAGAAUUUGUUUAAUUAUAGGUGAAUGGGUUGGAGUACAAUGUAAUCGAGAGCUGAGAGUUUCAAUUUAUAAAUUGUUACUUAAUUUCUUGCUGCCAAAUAAUCCCAUAAACGAUAAAGUAGUUAAGAUCGCUGCAAUCCAAACUUUGAGAACCGUGGUUAAUGAUUGGGAUUUCAGCAAGAAUGAUUUCCAACCAUUUUUGAAUGAGUUUGUUAAAUUAUUACUUGACUUGUUAAAUGAAAUGAGAUUAAUUGAAUCAAAGUUGUAUAUAUUCAACACUUUGGCUGUGUUAAUUGAGAAAUGUAACCCAUUGGUUGAUUAUCAAACAUUAAUUGAUAUCUUACAGAUUGUUCCAAAGUAUUGGGAGUUGAGUACAAGUGAUAAUCAACCAAUUAUCAAAAGUUCAUUAUUAAGAGUAUUGAAGAGUUUAACCAUUUCAUUAAAUGAAAAUUCUCCCGAAACACAUUCCAUUUCACUUCCUUUAAUCCAGAAUUGUUGUUUGCAUAGUUCAGAUGUGUAUAUGUUGUUAUCGGAAGAUGGUUACGAUUUGUGGUUAGAAUUAUUGAAGUAUUGUCCUCAAAGUCGUUUAAACAAUCCAGAAAUCAUCAAAUUGUUUGAAAUGAUUCCUCAUGGUUUGCGAGACUCUACCGAAAUUUUGCCAACCAUUCUCUCAAUAGUCAGAAGUUAUUCAUUGUAUGCACCAGAGUUAUUCAGACAAGAAGUUGUUACCGUGGAAGCAUUUAAAGUACUCGGAGAAUAUCUUGAUAAGAUGAGAGAUGAUUCAUAUAUGAUUUUCAUUUCUUUGAUGGAUAUUUUAUUAAUUGAGAAUAACGAUCUGAAUGAAUCCUUUAUAAAUGGUCUAGUCAAUAGUGGGUUGAUGUUGAGCAUGAUAAAUUAUGUCAUAAAUGAUAAUCAAAGUCCAAUAUUGGCAGCCAAAAUGUAUUUAUUGUUUUCAAGAUUAAGCAAGAAUUCUCCAGAAUUAUUCUUGAAGAUGUUAGAUAUUGCAUCUGUUGAUUCAAUUAAGUUCUUUAAGAAUUGGAUACAAUUCUACAACCACAAUGGUAAUCCACGUAACAAGAAGAUCAAUUUGCUAGGAUUAAUCUCGAUUGUCACUUAUGGUAUACCUAAGAAUAUUCCAGUAUUACUAGAAUUAUUCCCUGACGUGAUCAAAAAGACAUUUUACUUCCUUGAAGAGAUUAACGAAGAUCAACAGGGUUCAUGUGAAGGCUAUAAUUCGAAUUUGCUCUAUGAAGAUAUUGACGAUUACUCAUAUUUAGAUCCCGAUAUCAAACCUCAUGGUGAAAAGAUAAGAUAUCAUUUAUUGUUACAAGAACGUGAUCCAAUUUAUACAACCAAUCUCAUUCAAUUUUUAAGAAACAAUUUUAUAAAUUUAAAGACUCAAUUACAAGAUUCUGAUUUCAAUCAAAUCAUAUUGGCAUUGAAUAAUGAUUCUUACACUUUAGAAAGAUUAAAAGCAUUAAGUUAG